UACAAAACCGUGGAGAUGGUCUUCAUCGCCUUGGUCACCGGGUCCCUCAGCUUCGUCACCGUGGUGGGGAACAUCUUGGUCAUGCUCUCCAUCAAGGUCAACCGACACCUCCAGACCGUCAACAACUACUUCCUGUUUAGUUUAGCGUGUGCAGAUCUAAUCAUUGGCGCUUUCUCCAUGAACCUUUACACGCUUUACCUCAUCAUGGGCCACUGGCCUCUGGGGCCCGUCAUAUGUGACCUGUGGCUAGCCCUGGAUUACGUGGUUAGCAACGCCUCUGUGAUGAACCUGCUGAUCAUUAGUUUCGACCGCUAUUUCUGUGUGACGAAACCGUUGACCUACCCGGCCAGAAGGACCACCAAGAUGGCAGGUCUGAUGAUCGCUGCUGCCUGGAUUCUGUCCUUCAUCCUGUGGGCUCCAGCCAUCCUGUUCUGGCAGUUCAUCGUCGGCGAACGCACUGUCCAGCCUCACGAGUGCUACAUCCAGUUCCUCUCCAACCCUGUGGUGACCUUUGGCACCGCCAUCGCAGCGUUCUACCUGCCAGUGGUCAUCAUGACCGUGCUCUACAUCCACAUCUCUCUAGCGAGCCGGAGCAGAGUGUCCAAGCAGAAACCAGACGCUCAGAAGGAAAAGAAGAUCUUUAAGCCUGCCGCUCUACUGAAAGGGCACCUUCUCAAACCCAACAACAACAAUCAGUCACCUAAAUCCAGCCAGGACACCUGCAACACUAGUGAGACCAUGAAAAAUGGCAAGGUCGAUGAGUCUGUGGUCUUGACGAAAGCUGAAUCGAGUGUCCAGCCAGAGGAGAAGGAGAGCUCCAAUGAUUCCAGCACUGCCAGUAUCGCUCCCAAAGACACCCAGCAGAAAGUACCCAGGGACGUCAUUACUGAACCUGCAGUUGCUCCUGCCCCUAAUGCGGCUGCUGCUAGCGGUGGCGACGGUGGUGCUGAUGCUGCUGGUGCUGCUGAUGCUGUCGCACUCCCAAAGAUCAACCCAGCAUCCAAAUGGUCCAAAAUCAAGAUUGUCACCAAGCAGGCAGGUGACGAGUGCAUCACCGCCAUCGAGAUUGUCCCGCAAAACAACACUACUGAGGCCCGCUCCAUCCCCGUCAACCGCUCCAGGAUGGUGGCCAGAAAGUUUGCCAGCAUUGCCCGGAGCCAGGUGAAACGAAAGAGGCAGAUGGCCGCGCGGGAGAAGAAGGUCACUAAAACCAUAUUUGCCAUCUUGCUGGCCUUCAUCAUUACAUGGACACCGUACAAUGUCAUGGUGCUCAUCAGCACCUUCUGUCAGGAGUGUGUGCCCGAGACAGUGUGGGCCAUUGGAUAUUGGCUUUGCUAUGUCAAUAGCACCAUUAACCCUGCAUGCUAUGCUUUGUGCAAUGCCACGUUUAAGAAGACCUUUAAGAACCUUCUCAUGUGUCAGUACAAGCAUAUCGGCACUAGAUAA